UUUUGUAGAAAGUCGAAAAGUUUUGUUUUUCUUCUUAGUUCUUGUUUACCUCAUUUAGAGUAGAUGACUUAUUAAAGUUGUAGUUGUUGUGUAUUUCGUGUAAAUAUCGUAAUGUUUUCAGAAAAAAAUGAAUACACUUACGUAGUAUAAAUCAUUGUUAACUAUUACUCAUUAUUAUUAUUUUACUGUUUGUCAUCUGCGUUAUACCGUGAUUAUUUAUGUUUUAAAUUGUAUUGUAAAAAUUAUCUCGUAAAAGCGAUUGCACUAAAUAACCAAAAUGGAAAUAACUAAUUAAAGUGUAUCGCAUAUUGGUACGAAAUUGUAAUGUUAUUUAAAAUUCCUAUUCCGUGGUCGUUAUAAUUUAAUAAAUUGUACUGAUUUCGGGCAGCAUCUGUUGUACGAAUCUGGAUACUUUCAAUACGGAAAUCUGUGUCAAUGAAUGCUGACAGUAGAAAUAACAGUCGCGGUAUGAGAUCCAAGUCGUUACAAGAUUUACCAGAAGCCAGUACUAGUACAGCUGUGCCAACACGUAAAAGACGUAUGCCGAGAUUUUCAUUGCGUCGAUUGUUGUAUUCGAAUACCUUUUUGGCGAGACACUUGGGAAGUUCGCAAAAUGGUAAACGUCGAACUAUUAUAACUGGUGGCCCCAGUGUAGCAGAUGUAACUGAUUUUGAAAAAGCUCCUUUAGGAUUUGGACAAAAUUAUACAGACCCUAAAAAAGCACCUUCUGUUUGUACAGCCAAAAUUACUCCAGCAGCUGAUGGUUUAUUAGAAUGUCCAUUAUGUCUAGCGAAAUUUGAUGAAAAUAAUUUUGCCAAAUUAUCAACUUGUAAUCAUCGUUCCUGUUUUGACUGUUUUCAACAAUAUUUACGAAUAGAAAUAUGUGAAUCCCGUGUGAACAUUACCUGCCCAGAGUGUACUGAAGCUAUGCAUCCAAAUGAUAUACAAAGUGUGCUCAAUAAUCUUGCUCUAUAUGACAAAUAUGAAGACUUUAUGGUUCGUAGGGUAUUAGCAGUUGAUCCUGAUACUAGAUAUUGUCCUUCACCUGACUGCAGCUAUGCUGUCAUAGCUGCUGGUUGUGCUAGUUGUCCAAAGAUAAAAUGUGAACGUCCUGGUUGUGAUUCAUACUUUUGUUACCAUUGUAAAGCUGCGUGGCAUCCUAAUCAAACCUGUGAUUCAGCUAGAGCAAAACGAUCAUCAAAUAUGAGAACUUCAUCUAUUGCUUUUAGUAUAGAUUCACAAUCACGGGAAGAUAUUAAGCCAUGUCCUCGUUGCCAGGUUUUAAUUGUGAAAAUGGAUGAUGGUUCUUGUAAUCAUAUGACCUGUGCAGUUUGUGGAGCAGAAUUUUGUUGGCUGUGCAUGAAAGUAGUCAGUGACUUACAUUAUCUCAGUCCUUCUGGGUGUACUUUUUGGGGUAAAAAACCAUGGUCCAGAAAGAAAAAGCUUUUAUGGCAGCUGGGUACAUUAAUUGGAGCUCCGGCUGGUAUUGGUUUAAUAGCAGGAAUUGCAAUACCCGCAAUAAUAAUUGGUGUACCUGUUUGGACUGGGCGAAAAAUGUAUACUCGUUAUAGACAUUCAAGUCGAUUAAAACGAAAUUUUGCAAUUGCUGGUGGUGUAUUAGCAGCGUUGAUUGCUGCUCCAGUAAUGGCCAGUUUAGCUGUUGGUAUUGGAGUGCCAAUAUUAUUAUUCUAUGUUUACGGUGUAGUUCCAGUAUCACUGUGUCGCUCAGGUGGCUGUGGAGUUACCACGUCCUAUAAUGGAGUGCAUUUUGAUUUUGAUGAAGAGCACAGUGCCCCUAAAACUGUUAAUGUUGAUUUCUUCACUGCAAAUGAUGGUGAUGCAGCUAGUCAUGGUGCUGAAAUUGGCAACCCAUCUAUUGAAGAACCAUCUUUUUGGAAUGAUUGGGAUGGCGAAACAGCUUUGGGACGAGAUGCUGAUCGAGAAUCAGCGAGUACAGUUGCAUUAGCUGGCAGUUUAUUAGCUCAAAAAGUUGACAAUAGUGAGACAGCAUCAAUGCGUUCAAGCCAAAAAACUACCGAUGUGAACGAUGAGACACAGUCCCAGUCACAACAGCCUCUCAAUUUGUCACUUAGUUCAUUAGAAGAAUUGACUGCUGGUCUAAUGCGAAGGGUAUUGGGAAAUGGUGAUGAGACCGAUACUCCAGCAACUACUAGGUCACGUGCCACUACUACCGAGGUGCACUUUGGCAAUACCGUCAGCAUUAUAACUCCUCCAGUUAUGGACUCCCAUCAAAACUUUGUACCAUUCAGAGGUUUUGUACGAAAUUUGCUGUGUAGGACAUCAAAUGAAAUGCCAGCCAGUUCAUCAUAGUUAUUUUAUUAAAUAGUAUAAAAUUAAAUACCAUGUACAGAGCUAUAAUAAUUAUGUGUAUUAUGCUCUCACUUAAGCAACUGGUCUUUCUAUUUUCUUUGAUAUUUUCAUUUAACUUAAUUUUUUGUGUUUUUAAAAUUAGCUUAUAUAUAUUUUUAUUUAUUUAAAUAAAUAUUAAUUUAUAUAACUAAUUUUUCCUUUAAAGCGACUGUGAUCACUGGGGUUUAUAUUACUAUAAAUAUUUUUUUUUUGUCAUUUUUACAAUUAAUUGAUUUUGUAAUUUCAUCAAAUAAAUAAUUUUAUAAAUUAUUUGAGUAUGAAAAUGCAUAAAUUUUGUGAAGGACAAAAAUAGGAAGAGUUAACAAUUUCAGUAACCAUUUAUCUGUUUUAAGAUUUAUAAUUGCGUAAACGCUAUUAAAUAAUGUUAGAAAUUUAAA